GAACCAGUAAAAAAAAUAAAGGAAAAAAAAAAAGUGAAAAGGAACCAUUUGACGAUUCUCACCGACCCCCCUUCUCCCCGCCCUCUCUCUCUCUCUUUCGGAUGCUAUAAUAAAUCUCCAUCGUUAUCCCCUCCCUGUAGGGUUACUCUUUUCUCUUCCCCCUUUUCCCAUAAUCCCAACUAUGGAUUAUAAUUGUACCAAUUCUACUAUACAUAUAUUCUCUUCCGGAGCCCUAGAAGUUUCAGUGUUAGGAGUUUUUAGUAUUUAGCGUCUUUUUUUUUUCAAUUGAUUUAUAUUUUUUUUUCCUUUUAUUUUUUUGAAAUCUCUUGUUACUUUUAGAUUUAAGUGAUAACAAAAUCAAGUGUAGAUAUGGAAGGGAUUGAAAGCGGGAGUGUUAUUCAAGAGGCUCCAAAAGUUGACGAUCAUAAGAUUCAAUUUGGAGACAACUCCACAGAAGUUGCUGUGUUUGAUGCCUCUCAAUAUGCAUUCUUUGGGAAAGAUUUUGUUGAGGAUGUUGAGUUAGGGGGAUUGGAGGACGAAGAGGAGGACUUGGCUGCAGUUGAGUUUGACGAGGAGGAGUUUCUCUUUGAUAGACAAGAGGGCGAGGUUGUAAGAUCUCUUUCUGAUAUUGAUGAUCUUGCUAGUACAUUUUCAAAGUUGAACAAGGAUGUCAGUGGACCAAGAAGUGCAGGAGUGAUUGGUGAUAGAGGAUCCAGAGAAAGUUCAUCUGCUGCCGAAUGGGUGCAGGGAGAGGAUUUUCCAAACUGGUUGGAUCAACAGCCGCUACUUGAUCCUGAAGCAAUUCAGGACGGCAAAAGAUGGUCCUCACAGCCAUAUGCUGCUUCUGCUCACCUUUUGGAAUUAAAGCCUUUGUACAGAACUUCUUCAUACCCUGAGCAGCAGCAGCAGUUGUACAGAACGUCUUCAUACCCUGAGCAGCAGCAGCAACACCAUCAACACUUCUCCAGUGAGCCUAUUCUUGUGCCUAAGUCUUCUUACACUUCGUAUCCUCCCCCUGGUGGACAAUCUCCACAGGCUUCGCCAAAUCAUAGUCAUCUAAAUAUUCCAUAUCUUGGUGGUGGUCCCCAAGUGGCACUUUCUUUACCAAACAUCUCUCCCUUUUCUAGUCCUCAGCUUCAGUUGACAGGCUUACAUCAUGGGUCACCGCAUUUUGGUGGAAAUUUGUCACAAUUUUCUUCUGGUCCAUCUGCAAAUAGUCGGCUAACUAACCAAUGGGUUAACCAUACGGGUUUAUAUCCUGGAGAUCAUCCCAACCGUUUGAACAAUUUGUUUCAGCAACCACUAUCUCAUCAAAAUGGUUUAAUUCCUCCACAGUUUAUGCCUCAAAUGCAGCCACAGCAGCAUAGAAUGCAUCAUCCAAUCCAGCCAUCAUUAGGCCACUUAUCAGGAAUGCAGUCUCAAAUAUAUACUCCUCAUCUUUCCCCAUCUGCACCCAUGAUGAGCAAGUAUGAAGCAGUGCUUGGUCUGGGUGAUAUUAGAGAUCAAAGGCCAAAAUCAUCUCAGAAAGGUAGACAAAAUCUUCGUUAUUCUCAACAGGGAUUUGAGACCAAUGGCCAGAAGAUUGAGAGUUUCUGGUCCCAGUUCAGAUCCAAGUACAUGACCUCUGAUGAAAUUGAAAGUAUUCUUAGAAUGCAGCUUGCUGCAACACACAGUAACGACCCAUAUGUGGAUGAUUAUUAUCACCAGGCUUGUCUUGCAAAAAAGUCAACUGGUGCAAAACUCAAACAUCAUUUCUGCCCAACACACUUGAGGGAUCUUCCUCCUCGAGCACGCGCGAACACAGAGCCUCAUGCUUUUCUCCAGGUUGAUGCACUUGGGAGGACGCCAUUUUCUUCGAUUCGCAGACCUCGUCCACUUCUUGAGGUUGAGCCUCCAAACUCAUCUAUUAGUGGUGGGACUGAUCAGAAAGUUUCUGAGAAACCCCUAGAACAGGAGCCAAUGCUUGCAGCUAGAGUGACAAUUGAAGAUGGUCUUUGCCUUCUUUUGGAUGUAGAUGAUAUUGACCGUUUUCUAGAAUUCAAUCAACUUCAAGAUGGUGGAGUCCAACUGAGACGCAGGAGGCAGGUCUUGUUGGAAGGGCUUGCAGCAUCCUUGCAACUGGUUGACCCUCUAGCAAAGAAUGGACAUACAGUGGGACUUGCUCCAAAAGAUGAUCUUGUCUUCUUACGAUUAGCUUCGCUUCCCAAGGGCCGGAAGCUGCUUGCCAGGUACCUUCAGCUUCUUUCUUCGGGUAAUGACCUCAUGCGAAUUGUCUGCAUGGCUAUUUUUCGUCAUCUGAGGUUUUUGUUUGGGGGUCUCCCCUCUGAUCUUGGAGCGGCAGAGACUACAAAUAACCUUGCAAGAGUUGUAUCAUUAUGUGCCUGCCGCAUGGAUCUCGGUUCCCUUAGUGCUUGUCUUGCAGCAGUUGUUUGUUCCUCAGAGCAGCCUCCGCUUCGCCCCCUUGGAAGCUCUGCUGGAAACGGGGCUUCUCUCAUUUUAUUAUCUGUUCUUGAGAGGGCAACUGAAUUAUUGCGUGAGCUUCAAAAUGCUAGCAACUAUAAUAUGACUAAUCGGGCACUUUGGAAGGCCUCAUUUGAUGAGUUUUUUGGUCUACUUAUAAAGUACUGCAUAAAUAAAUAUGAUAGUAUUAUGCAGUCCUCCCUACAAGAUCCAGCUGAAGCUAUUAAGAGGGAACUACCAAUGGAGCUCCUUCGUGCCAGUGUUCCCCACACAAAUGACUACCAGAAAAAGAUGAUGUAUGAUCUUUCUCAGCGUUCCUUAGUUGGUGAAGACGGUGGUCGCAUGAAUUCAGAAUCAGUGUUCAGUUGAUACAUGACUCGACGAAAUAUGAUAGAAAUUGAAAUGCACCAAGUCCUGCAUUGGUGCUGCGUUACUGAAAGAGUAAAUGUGGAAGAUACUGUUGUUCCAGCAAUAUUUUCGGGUAUUUAUUUAUCUGUGCCUUAACGCUGAGGCUAAUUGGGAUACGUUAAGUUAUGAAGCAGAAGCUUUGGAGCAGCAGCCUAUGGCAAAGUCAUUUUAGUUCGUUCAGAUUUUGGUAUAUUUUUAGUCCUUUACACCCAAGUCUGUAUCUGUAACCAGGCUGUGUUGUAUUGUGGUAGAUAUCUGUUGGGUUUUUCCAUUUCUUUGGGUAUUUUCCCUUCCUCUUAUUUUAGGGGCCUAUUUGAUGCUCUGUUGUGGAAUUCCCAAUCUGAAGGCGUAGGGUGUACAGUGUUCGGUACAUAGAUUACCCACUUCUCUAAUAUUUGUUAUCCUGGAGAUGGGUGGACGUGACAUUCAUGUUUUUUCUGUUAUGAGGCUCAUGGGCUAUGUGCCUUAGUUCCUUGUUAAUUAAUCGGUAAUAAAACUAUGCCAAUGCUGGUGGUUUGUCA